CACACAUAUACAUAAAUACAUACAUACAUACAUACAUACAUACAUACAUACAUACAUACAUAAUAGCAUAUAAAGGGACAAACACAAGCGUACACACAUACACACAUAGAGACAAACACAUAAACAUACAGACACAGAAAAGAUGCAAGUAUCAAAUCCUCCACUGGGUGACCAAGCCCUUUUGUAUCUAAAGCAAGUUGUAACAAACUGUGGACAUGUCGAACGUCAACAACUUCUUCAUUACCUUGAAAAUGUUGGAAAUUUCGACAUUGUUGGUCAUUCUCCAAGACACAUUUCAACACAAAUCUUAAAGUAUUUUACACCACAAGAACUAUGCAAGCUUAGAGAAGUAUCUCGACGUUGGAAUCUAAAGGCUACUGACAAUGAACUCUGGCAGGCACAUUCUGUGUCUUAUAGCAUGCUCCCAGAAAGCCAUCACUUGAAAUCACAAACCGAUUUUGAUCAAGAAUCAGCCUUUCCGGUUUAUCACGAUCUUUUCCGACGUGGAAUGACCACCGCCAAAAACUGGGAGACUUUUGGCUCAAAACGGUACGAAUAUCACUUCCAUAUGGGGCCUGUGCUGUCUCUACUCGCUCUCGAUUCGUCCCGGAUUGCUUCAGGAGAUAUUGACGGCACAAUCCAUGUGUGGAAUAUGAGACGCCAAGCUUAUGUCGAUCGAAUCCACGCCCACAAGAGUCACGUGUCGUGUUUGGCUCGUAGUGCAGACGUGUUGGCGUCUGGUUCGUCUGACAAGAGUAUCGUGAUACACAGCCUGCCAGAUCUGAAGCUGAAGACACGCUUGGUGGGCCACGAGGCACCGGUCACAUCGUUGGCGUUUGGUGAAUGUGGUAGCUACGAGGGAAUCCUGUUCAGUGGCAGCGUGGACAGAUCGAUUCGUAUUUGGAAUAUCUGGACUGGCAGUGGCAGUGGCAGUGGCAAAGAUAGUGGUAACAAUGAUGAGAGAUUUGGCGGUGGCGGUGAUGGCAGUGGGGCGUGUAUCCGGGUACUCUGGGGACAGGAAAACACAAUCCUGUCGCUUGUUUACAUCAGUCCGUUCCAGCUCACUCAGGACCAGACGCCAUUCGAACGCCAGGCUGUUGCUAGUAACCGGGCCGGCUGGCUACUUUCGGGAUCGACGGACCGAACCAUGUUCCUCUGGGAUUUGCAGAAAUCGAAACGCGACAAGCCGCGCGUGAGUCACAGUGUGAUGGAAGUCCAUGGACCGGUUACUGCUCUGUCACUCUACGCAGAGUGGAACAACUGCUCUAUGAAUGACCAGACACCACCCUCGAACCCGUACGUCAAGGCACGGCACCCGAUUUCAAUCCCCCCCUUUGUUGUAUGUGCCGGCCAAAUGGAUCCCACAGUCACCCUCUGGUCCAUCCCAACCCUGGCACCCACAAAGGUCGAGUCACCCAUCAGUCACAACGGCACCAUCUGGGCCAUCGAGUGCGCACCCAUCCACUCAAAGAUCAUCACGGUUUCGGGAGACCGAACGGUUCAGGUGUGGAAUCUCAAGGCCCCAAAGACGGUCAUGCUCUUGGAAGGAUUCGACAGUGCGGUCGUGUCGUGCUCGAUAAGUACCCAAGAAGAUCUCUUGUGUAUUGGCAUGGAAUCUGGAGCAAUUGUGGUCUAUAACCUUCAAGAGUUUGAGAACUCAACUGGAGACUAAAUCUAUCUAUAUAUAAAGGGGUUCCUACAAUCAAACUAAUCAAACUAUAUAAUUAUAAAAAAUACAAUAAAAUAUUUGCUUUUUUUGUUGCUACUGUU